AUGAGAGAAGAGGUGUCCUGCACCAACUCCCCUGAAGGAGGGAUGGGGGCCAGUGAAGAGGAACUGGAGAGGGGAUCGAAGAAGAGCCUCCAAGGAGGAAACCGAAAACGCUCUCCUUUCCCCAAAAAGGACAACCUUGGUCAGACAGAGGAGAGCAGCACUGGCAGUCCCAACAGCCUGCUGCCAUCUGGGCCAAAGAGGGUGAAGAAAAGCCCUUCGACAGUGGUGACUCUGGCUCCUACGUCGCUGGGCCCAAGGCCUGACCAGCCCUUUGAGGACCUCCACUCUCAGCGUGUCAUCGCCAAUGUGCGGGAGCGUCAACGCACUCAGUCACUGAACGACGCCUUCGCCUCUCUACGCAAGAUCAUCCCCACACUCCCUUCAGACAAGCUGAGCAAGAUCCAGAUCCUUAAACUGGCUUCACGCUACAUCGACUUCCUCUACCAGGUGCUGCAGAGUGACGAGAUGGACGCUAAGCUGGCCAGCUGCAACUACCUGGCCCACGAAAGACUGAGCUACGCCUUCUCCGUCUGGAGGAUGGAGGGGGCCUGGGCCAUGUCCACCAGCCACUAG